ACCUUUUCCAAUUUUCAACUAUUCAUUGUGCGAGCUUUGGUAAACUGUCAAAAGAUGGUUAUAAAGUAAAUAUCAGUUGAAAAGGUUGCGAUUCUUUCGAGUAUGUCUACCUUUUUCACAGAUUUGUACGCUUCUUCAUGUCUUUUUCUUGUGCUGUUAAAACGGGUGUUGGUAGGAAAUGGGAAUCAUUGAUUUUCGAUUCCUUCAUCAUUUUCUUCUUCUUUGUUAUUCAAAAAUGUUAAAUGGGAUUUUUUCGGAUUUGUUGAUUCUUCAACUCUAAAUAUGUGUUUGCCUUAAUCCUUCUUCUGCUUCACGUGUGCAAAGUUUUGAUCUUUAUGUGUGUUUCUCUCAUAAUUCGAGUGUCCAAAAAAAAUGACGGCUUCCCUUUCUAUGAGAGAGAGAGAGAGAGAGAGAGGUUGGACUGUAAAAGAUUGGUAUAAUUGAUAGUAUUUAAUAGUGGGCCUGUGCAGUGAAAAGAGGAGCUAUCAAAAUAUGGGGUGCUUGGCCAUUUGAAAUUUGUAGGGAUGAGUGAUGGCAAUUUGAGUGCUGUUUUUAUCCAUUUUAGACUUCUGGGGUUUCUUGUUUGGUACCAAGGUGGUCUCUUUCACACCUCACACACUGCCCUAAUUACUAUCACUAUUCAAUACAAACUCACCAAUUAAAACCUCCCCAUCUUUUUCUCUUCCUCACUCCGUUUCCAUAAUUGCAACUUAAGUAAAUGCUUUCGUUUUUAUGAUUUUCAGAUAUUUCUCAUGCUCUCCUAACCAAUAUUGCCUUUUCUUUUUUCCCUCAUCAAUAGGGGUCACCAUUUCACAGAAACACUCCAGUUCUUGAAUUGCAAAGCAGAAAAUUUCAUCAUUCAUCAUUUACUUCUCAAUCACCUUCCCUCCUCUGUUCUUGAUUACAAUAGAUUAGUUUAGAUCCCAGCUCCAAGAUUUAGCUUAUUUCUUGAUUGCCUUGCUGCUGAGUGGUGAAUUCUUUUCUUGAAAAGAGAAAAGAUUAAGUUUUUUAAGAUCAAGAAGUGAACUCGAACAAGCCUAGAUAGAUGCCUGCUGUUGAAUCAAGUAGCUCUGUGUGGAGUAGGGAGCAGGAUAAGCAGUUUGAGAAGGCAAUAGCUGCUUACCCUGAGAAUUCUUCAGAUAGAUGGGAGAAGAUUGCUGCUGAUGUUUGUGGGAAAUCAGUGGAGGAGAUUAAGCAUCACUAUCAACUCCUAGUUGAUGAUGUUAGCCGCAUAGAAUCCGGUUUUGUUGAGGUUCCUAGUUACAAUUCAUCUUCAGAUGGCUCAAACGGCCUUGCUGCUGAUGAUGGAGCUUCUAAAAAAGGCGGCAGCUUCGGCCAUUUGAACGGUGAUGCCAAGGCUUCCCGCUCCGAUCAGGAACGCCGCAAGGGGAUUGCUUGGACAGAGGAUGAACAUAGAUUGUUUCUCCUAGGUUUGGACAAAUAUGGAAAGGGUGACUGGAGGAGCAUUUCUCGUAAUUUCGUGGUGACGAGGACCCCCACGCAGGUGGCCAGCCACGCGCAGAAGUACUUCAUCCGCCUCAACUCCAUGAACAAGGACCGGAGGCGUUCCAGCAUCCACGACAUCACCAGCGUCGCCAAUGGGGAUGUCUCUGUGCCCCAAGGUCCGAUCACCGGCCAGACCAAUGGGGGACCGCCCGCCAAGCCCAACAAGCAAGUGGUGGGUUCAGCAGCUCAGGGAGUGACCAUGUACGGUGCACCAACCAUGGGGCAACCCCUAGGCGUCGUCUCAGCAGUCGGGACGCCAGUGAGCCUUCCUCCGCCGCCACACAUGGCCUAUGGAGUUGGGACCCCCGUCCCGAUGGUGCCUGGCGCCCCGAUGGCGUACCACGCCUCGGUUCACAGGUGAUUGAUGGUGGCGGUGCAGCUGGAGAUUAGGAUGGGGAAAAUAUUAACUAAUAUGGUUAUAUUGAGUCUAUGAAACUUUAUGCAUUAAUAAUGAGCUUUUGCAGAGAUCAUUCAACA